AUGGUCACCACCAGGUGCUCCGCGAAGCUUCUGCUCCUCAGACCUGAGAUCAACCCAGAAAGAUGGAUGUGUGAGUGGGUGGGAGGGAGGACCUGUGGCGCUGUCCCGAGCGCCGCCACCGCCCAGGCUCUUCCCGCCGCCUCGGCCACCCCCACCCCUCCCCGCCGACCACCGCUGAGCCCCCCACUCCCCGAUGCAGGGAUGCCGGGGUCUACGGGAAGCUGUCGCGGGGCGCAUGCUCCUACUCCCGGAGGGUCUCCGCCCGGGCCCGCCGCCCUCGUCCCUGUCCGGCCGCGCCGCUGCGCACACGGGGACGGCCACCUGCAGCCUCGGCCUGCGCUGCGACGGCCGGCCUGCCGGGGUGGCGGCCGCGGGACCCCGACGACGGGCUCCGCGGGUCCGGGCCGCUGUCCCCCUCACCUGCUCUGCUCUUCCUCCUCCUGCUGCUUUCCGCGCCGCCGGGGCCCGCGCGCUCUGCGCCACCAGGAGCUGCGCCACCAGGAACAGGUGCCUCCGUUAGGGAUGGCGGGCUGGAGAGAGAUGCUCCUUGUGAGGGUCCUCUCUGCUUCAAAACCUGGAUUUUUGUCUCAGAAUUCAAAUGGAGGGCACAGUUCUGAAACUAGCCCUGUUCGAAGAAGAAUGAGAUGCCAACGUAUUGUCCGGCGGAGAUUUCUCAACCCGACUGAGCACAUCAGUGACACAAUGCGCACUUCAUUUUAUCAGCAGCAUGAUGGAGAGCCAGCAAUGAGUAGUUCUCCCAUGCAUACCCAAAGAUACACUCCAUAUGGCAUUCCAUCCCACCAUCAGAGAGUCAAUUUCCAUAAACGGAACCAAAUGCGUGUUAACAUGGAGGGGGGGUCAAAUCCUCCAGAGAGAAAAAUGGAGAGGGACAAACAAGAUGAUACUUCAGAGAACUGGUUCAAGAUUACAAUUCCCUUUGGCAUAAAAUAUGAUAAGAAGUGGCUGCUGAAUUUGAUUCAGAGCCAGUGCAGCGUCCCUUUCACGCCAGUGCAGUUUCACUAUGAAAAGAUGCAGGCCCAUUUUUUUGUUGAUAACCCCAACAUUGCCUUUAUGCUGAAGGCUAUCAGUGACAAGAUUCGAGAUGAGACUGAUAAUAAGCCUCAGAGUCACAGAAGUCCAUCUUAUUUGCAGCUGACUACAAACCAGCAGUGUGCUACUUCUCAGCAAGUUCUUAAUAGACAAAGACGUCCCUUUGACCAAGAUUUGAUGACCAGUCCUACUGACUUGGCACUGAUUCCUAGAAGGUAUAUGGCUCCUUCCUUGAAUAUCCGUGAAGAGGACAUGACCCAGGUGAACUCUGAAGGGGAGAUGGCCAAGGAGCAAGCCCCAGAUCCAGAAAAGAUAUGUGCAGACAAAAGCUCUCUGAGUUCUACCAUGCCGGAUAAGUCCAGUAAUAUAAAUUCAAUUCUGGAAUUGUUCCCCAAGUUACUAAGCCUGGAUGGACAGGAAUCACGUAAACCAACUGCCUGUGGCCCUGAAGACCCUAAGAGCUUACCAACUUGCAAGGGAAGUUUUUUUGGAUCAGAGCCCAUAAAGUCAACAGUCCUACAGUUCCUGCAGCAGUAUUACUUCAUCUAUGACAAUGGAGAUCGUCAGGGACUCCUCAAUGCUUACCAUGCAGAGGCUUGCUUCUCAUUGACCGUUCCUUUCAGUUCCACAGACUUAUCCAUGAGCAACUUGUGCGAGUACUUAAAGUAUAGCAGAAAUAUGAAGAUUCUCAAGGAUCCUUAUAUGCGGAGGCAACUGCUGAAGCACAAGAAAUGUGACAUUAUUAACUUCCUUCGUUCAUUGCCCAAAACUCAACAUGACCUCACCUCCUUCGUGGUGGACAUAUGUUUCCAGACAGAAACAACACUCUGCUUCUCUGUUAGUGGGCUCUUCAAGGAAGUGGAGAGCACCUCUCAAGGGUGUGUUCACGCCUUCACUCGGAUCUUCGUUGCUACCUGUGGCAACAGUUCAGACCUUUGUAUCAUCAAUGACAAGCUCUCUGUGAGGAAUGUCCAUGGCUUUUCCCGUGCCUCCAAGUCCGUGGUGGCCACAGCUUCCUCCAGUUAUUCACCUUCCCUCUCUCAAGAUCAACGGGAGAUGGUGCCAACAUGCUCUGCCCAGUCUGGGGUGAAUGUUGAGAGGUCUCAAAAAUGCCUUCAUGAUGACCAGUGGAAUUACAACAGAGCUAUACAAAGCCUUGCUUUGCUCAAGGUAAAGGACACGAUCCCAGAGGAUAAGUUCACACAGACAGAUCCAAGAUCCUAA